AUGAAUGACGCUUCUGGGGCCUCAACGAGCAGAGUUCACCAACCGUCCAACUACCAAGCUAGCAGCCAAGAUAUGCCAAAAUUUCCUCUGUCAGUUGAGGCACUUACUGAACUUGCAUACUAUGCAGGGUGCCUGCAGAGUGAUGACGGCGGGAAAACCAUCAACAGGCUGCUUUUGGACGUAAAUUCACUGAAGGUUAAAGGCGGACCGGCAGGACGCUUGUCGUCCUCACUCACAGUUGUAAAUUAUCUAACCAUCAUAGCCCGCCGACUGCAGGAACGUCUCAUGCAAGAGGUGGAAAAGUGGCUUCGGCGUCUGGAAGGGGCAUUCAUCAAUUGCGCGGACGAGUUAUCUCGUCGAACGCAACAAGAGGCCGAUGCCCACCUGAGGUUUCUUUCAACAGCGGGUCAAGGCCCUCUUACACAGUCCUUUGCAGCCUAUAGUUUACUUGAUCAAACCGAGGAAUGGACCAGCGAUCUGAUGAUCAAGGGGCUCAGUCGGGAGAGGAUCUGCAUUGAGGCCUACCUGCAGCGAGGUUCAGACAGCCCUCUACUUAUUUUUGGGAUGCCUGGAACUGGGAAAUCAUGCCUCCUACGCUACGCUCUGCGCAAGUUUAAAGGGUUUGAGCGGAGGGAUUCAUCAAAUGGAACGACUCCACCUGAAAAGCAAGCUGUUGUCGUUGUUCGUUCAGCACGACGCAGCGCAGGUGCAACCACUCUGCAGAGCCUCAUCGACAGCAUCAUCCAUCAAAUUCACCACGCAUAUGACUCUGAUCUGUGCGGAAACCCAAAACUGACCAGCAUAUGCGAAUAUGCAGAGUUAGUGCGAACAAUGGGCAACUCGCUUCACUUGCCUUCUGCAGGUUCAAAACUGCUAAUACUUAUCGAUGACCUGGAUCUCCUCUAUCCCUCUAGUCAUGUGGAGCUGUUUCGCUGGAUCCCACCCCAACUGCCCCGUUGCAAGGUGCGCUUCAUAAUGAGUACUAGCAGCCAGGCUAUGGCCAAUACCUUCAAGGCUCGAUAUGGUGAAGGUUCGUGCAUAACCGUUGCCCGGGGACCCUCUUUCACGGCACUAAAGUCAGCAGUCCUCCCGUCGCCAAUAAACCUAACAGUUCAGUCUGCGGUGCAGGGUAAUCCUGCCCCGCUCUUUGUUCACUGCCUACUCGACUUGGAGAAAACUGCCCUCCAGAACGACUCUUUUUCACACGACAUUGGCACAGCCUUUCGGCUGAGGCUCCAACAACUGCAGGUGACAUUUGAAUCGCUAAGCAGGUCUUUUCCGGAUGUUUUUAAAAUAUCAAAGUUCCUAGCCUAUUCGCGCAUAGGCCUUGCGUUAGGAGAACUGUCGGAUCUGCUCGAUCUAGAGAACCAGAAGCCUGUCACACAGUUAGGAAACAAGCGAAACCGCAUACCUGUGGGCCACGUACUCAGAUUACUCUGUGACAGAAGUCUCGGUUUAGCUGACUACCUGUCAUGUAUAAAGGAUGAUCAACGUGUAGUCUACAGCUACGCAUCGGAGCAGUACCGAAGCGGUGCUCGAAGCUUCUGGGAACCUGUGACGCCAAGGAAGACGAUGGAAACAGCCGAGGAGGCGACCGAAGAUCAGACUCUGCCCAGCUCCCAACUCAUCCAUGCAGGCCUUUUUAAGUACUGGACGGGCAAUCAAACCUCUGGACAGAACUCGCCUUUGGGUCCUCAAAACCAGGCACACGAACAGGCAUACUUUUGGGUCAACCAAACAAAGAAUCUGGUUCAAAAAUACAGACAACGGAUCACCAGUCUGCAGCGUAAGUUCAACCUUCGAAUGCUGACAGAGGUUCCCUUCCAGCUGGUGAAUUCCACCGUGGACAUUGUGAACACGAACUACGAACUGGCGUUCAAGUUCGACUUUAUGUUUGGCUGUUUGGGCAAGGCGAGUCAUAUGAACGACCUCAUGAGUGCGUUAUACUUUCUCCGACAACUACCCCAGUUACAAAUAAAUAGUGAGUUCGACCUACUUCUAAACCUUUUGCGUGGGCUUUCGGAAAAACUCACACGAGAGCCGAUGCUUUUAAGCCUUGAAAUUUCCGGAAGAAUAGGGCAUCUGGCAGGCUCCAAAUUUAUGAAUGUCGGUCAGACACUGUUAUCCAGUAUCGACAACCAGGCCAGCAGCAUAAAUUGUUUACAGGCCCUGCUACCAGCUGUAUACAGUCCGCUUAUGCGACCCGAACUGACCCGAGUAUGCGUAGACUGCGAAGAAAAGGAAUUUUUGUCAACAAUAUCUCCGGAUAAUCGGUUUUUGGUUACAGUCGUGAAUGAUUCGUUUGAUGAAGAAGACCAGCAAGAACUCGUAGAGCGAGCGAAUGACGAGCGCAGACUGAGCAAACACACAGCUGCUGUUCGCAAUCAGUCUGUUAUCAUCUGGGACGUGAGGAACCUUACAAAAGUACAGACAUUUUCAAUUGGUAAAUGGCCUAUGUACACUUUUCGGGAAAUAAAAUAUCCACCCGGUCAGGAGGAGUACAUACUUGUAAAGUGCACACAGACUGACGAGAAUGAGAAGAGGCUCUCUGGUCUGAUUGCCAUAAACAUUAACCGGGAAUCUGUGGAGGAAACUUAUUUUGCACCGGAGGGGACAGAGGUGCGAAUAGUCAGUAUUUCAAAGUCAAAAAUCAUGCUAAUCGCCGAGGCGUUGAAAAAUGAGGAAAAACCAUUCAUUAAGGUCUUGAGCAUCCCACAUUUCCACGUAAUUUCACCCUAUCUGAAAAGAGUCCCGUCACCCUGCUUGAUUGUAAACGCAGAGCGCUACAUCAUCGGCCCCGCUUCGUGGCUCAGUGAAAAUUCUAAGAAGGCGGACGUCAACCAGCCGCUAUCAACUUGUCUUCAAAUACGACCAAUCAGUUCCCCACGGGAGCCGGUGUGCCGACUGGACUGCCCAGGGGUGCCUCAGUGUCUUGCUUCUGGACCGAAGGGCGAUACGGUGUUUGUUGGAAUGCAAACCAGAGGCAGCGUCUGUCGCUUCGAUUUAAAUCAGCUUAUUAUAAAGGAGGCUCGAAGGAUUCGGCCAAAUCUCGAGUUGCGGCUUGCAGACACUCUGAGGGAAUUGUCCCUCACGUCUGACGUUCUAUAUCGAUUUGCUAUAGACUCCAACACUCUAGACAAAAUCAAAGCGCGUGGUGACCAAAUCGCGGUUCGCAGCAUCCACGUCUCGAUCGACGAUUACUACCUCUUGGUUGAGUACGACGUCACAGGGUUGCCUUGCAUUUUUUGUGUCUGGAAUCAGGCCACGAAAAACCUCCUGGCUGUACUCACUGGCCAGCCCGAGAGCCAGUUCCGUUUCAGCCUGGACCCUGGGGCCGGUGAGCUGCUCCAUUUUGUGCCUAGUUCAUCCAAAGUUCCCGGAAUUGAAAUAGUGAAUUUGACUCAUCGCAGCGACCCCUCCACUGCUCGAGACAAUGCCAAGCGUCAGUCGAGCCGAAAGCUCUUUACUGUUGGUAGCAGGGGCAUCACAGAUGCACGUUUCGUUAGAGGUGGAAAAAUUCUAAUUUGUACCGGUGGCGAACUUAUCCUAGCUUUGAAAGCUGAAACAGUUGCUGUUCUCAAUAUCAUCCAACCCGGCCUAUAUGGAGGCUGCGAACAGUUCGUUAUGCGUGAAAACAAGGCUGUUAUGGAUGAUCUCCUGGAAGACCUAAUCGGUGAGAGCAUGGUUGGCGACAUUCCGAAGGGGUAUUAUUUCAGUUCCGACGGCCGUUUUGUUGCUCUCGUUUACAAUCUAAAUCUUGCGGGUGUCAUUUCGGGGACUCGUGUUGUCAAGUUUAGGAAGCCAGAGAUACCCGGUUUAAACUACUUUACGGCUGCAAUGGAGGAGGGUACUGUGAACCCACGGUUAUCCCUGAGCGACAGAAAGGUAGUUCGUGUAUAUGGCUCCGCUGAGGGCAUGGAGUCCUCACCCCUGUUCUGUACUAUAUCCCUAUGCGGUGAGACUGUGUUGGCCCUAUCGGCAAAGAACGGCUUACUUACAGUGAAGCCUGAUCCCGCCAGCGCACAGCAGUUUCAGACUUCGGAUAGGCCCUCGUCCUGGCGCAAACCACAGGCUGUCUUAUCUCGCUACUCCCUUACCACAGGCGAAUUUCUCGACUGCACUUAUAUUCCGGACCCGGUUAUAACUGGUUCUCGACUGGUCGACAAGGAGGGUUUCCUGUUCGUCUGCUGUGGGGCCGGUGGGGGUGAGCUGAAACUUCUACGUGCUCCCAACUUCCAGCAGACUGAUGUGGCGGUCAUUCAGUUCACAUGGGAGGCCAAAAAAACACCGCACUCUUACUACGCUCGAGUUGAUAUCAGCAAACGGUUGGGUGAGCUGAAUUCCUUUCGAAGUCUGCCCGUGCAGGGUCAGCUGUGCGAUGUGAGCGAGGACGGUACACUGGCCAUCGACAGUAGCCUUCAUCUUAUCAACGCCAUCACAGGUGCAGUUCUUCGU